AUGAAUGACGAUCGUCAACUCUACGAAUACACAUCUGGUCGAUGGAUAUAUAACGAGCAAACUCGUCUCGCUGAGCGUCUCACAGAAUUUAAUGUUGGUGCAUUGAAAAGUACUGUAGCUCGGUCCCUACAGAGAUCUGACACAGAUAUUAAAUGCCUUUCAAAAUCGGCGGAAGGGGGCUUCAACCGUGUUCUUCAGAUCACCAUGCUUGAUAGUACUAAAGUCCUUUCCCGAUUGCCAUAUCCUUCAACACAACCAAAAGGGCUCGCAGUCGCAAGUGAGAUGGCGACCUUGGCUCUCCUUCGGGCUCAUGGUCUUCCUGUACCCCGGGUAUAUGCAUACUCCACAGAUGCUACAAACCCUGUUGGCUCGGAGUAUAUCAUCAUGGAGGAACUACCAGGGCAACCACUCGGUGAUCGGUGGUUUGGUUUGUCGGAUCGAGAACGCCUCAAGGUUCUUCUGCAGCUUGUACAGUUAGAAGCAAAGAGUUAUGCUAUUCAGCUACCUGCGAGUGGAAGCAUAUACUACGCGAGCGAUCUGCCAUCAGACUCACCACGCGUCGCCGUUCCAGAUUCUAAUUUCUGCAUUGGCCCCGAUGCAGCUCUUAAAUGGCGGUUCGCGGAGCGUGCCUCUCUCCGUGCCGACCGCGGUCCUUGUGCGGACCCGAUCGAUGUUCUCCGAAAUCCUGCGUUAAAGGAACUAGCCUGGCUGCGCAAAUAUGGCCGCCCACGUUUCCCUUUUGAGCGUGCAUAUCGCGAGUCCAUGGAUUACCGAUUGUCCGACCCUAGUGAGCAUAUUGAGUCGCUGGAAUCCUACCUCAAGAUUGCACCUCGGCUGCUCCCAUCAAAUGAAUUCUUGCAUGACCUGGAAAUCGUCGGGCUAAUUGACUGGCAACAUGCAGCUGUCCUUUCGCUCUUCCUCGCCGCCGGGAUUCCCAAGUUCUUCCAGAACUACGAUGAUCCUGAAUCACUUCAUUUUCGCCCGCCCCCCACUCCGGAGUUAAGCGAUCUGGACGAGGAGGAAAAGGCCGAUGCCCUUCACGACUUUCGACGACGCCAUACCCACUUUUUCUAUUUGGCAUUCACUCAGCGGUUCAAUGAGCCCCACUUCCGCGCUAUGGAUCAGACCACAAACAUGCUCACUCGGCGCGUCUUUAGCCAUGUGGGCGACCCCUGGGAGGGCAACAAUAUUCCGCUUCAAGCUGACCUUGUCUUAUUGACCAAAUCCUGGCACGAAUACUCAACUGACCCGUGUCCAAUAUCUAUCUCUACGGCCAAGUCAGAUUCUAUCAUGCAUUUGCAAAGCAUGCAGGAAGAGAUUGACCUCCAACUAAAACAUAUCCGUAAUGCUAUUGGUAUCAGUAUUGAUGGAUGGACUCCUUCGGAAGAGUAUGAAGCUGCCUGUGCCCGUGCUCGUCAGAUGAAAGUUGAUGGCCUCGCUUCACUGGAUACAGACUACGAGCGCGAAAUGACGGAUCGACACUGGCCGUUCGAUGACCACAAUGAGGAUGAGUAG